CCCUCUACCCAAUGGCAGUGGGAGGUAUAGAGUUUUGGGGAGUGCAUAUAAUCAACAUAUUAUCGAAGGUGCUUAGAUAUUGAUCCUGUAUUUCGAGGUAGUUCAAAUUCACCUCUGCUGGUCACUCCGGGUCUGACCUUAUUUUUUUUUAUUUCCCCGAGCUUGGUGGAGAAUAAUUCACGCGUAAAAAUGCCGAAGAGAAAGUCCCCCGAGGGUCCUGAGGGAAAGGAGGCCUCCAAAGUCACAAAACAGGAGCCACCCAGAAGGUCAGAGAGAUUAAAAGAGAAACCUGCUCUACCCAAGCCCGAGGCCGCCAAGCCCAAGAAGCCCAUCGUCAAGGUGGCUGAUGAUAAGGGGGCAAAGGCAAAGAAAGGCGGCGCCAAGGGGAAGAAGGACGACGGUCCUGCCCAGAAUGGAGAGACCAAGACCAAUGAGGAAACUGAAGCCGGUGAGGAGGCGACUGAGGAGAAGGCAUAAAGACUCGGGCGCGACUCGUCCCCUCUGACUCCAUGGCAGCAAAAGCAUCUUUUUUUACUGACGAUUUUUGUACCAUGCUGAAUUUUUUUUAGACUUGUGAUAGUAGAGACGGACAACCAGCAGCCCCCCACCCCCCUACCCCAUCCAUUCCUCCACACUCCUUCCACCCCUCGUUUUUCGCUCCCCCCUCCUCCCGCCUCCAUUUCUGUAUACGGUGAAUCCUCUUAGAAGCAGAAAAGGCCGAAUGAAGCGGUUCCAUCAGAAGGCUGCAGAUGUUCUUUGUUUUGCCUGAAGGGGGCCGUAAACGUGACUGUUAUGAUCUUUAAACCAGCUCUGCCUUUGUUUCUAGAUAUUCUCUACAAAAGAUGAUCAUUAUUAUUGGCCUUGUAAUGAGGACACGCUCCAAUUUUACCCCCCUGACGGUUAAGGUGAAGGUUUGUGGGCAAAAGUUUGGACGCAGAGCUACGAGAAUCCGGUUCCACAGUCGCCCUGGGGAACAUCUGCAGCUUUUAAAAAAUCUUUGUUGUUAGAAUCACCCACCACCGUGUUCCACAUAGCUCCUUUUGUACGUGUGUGCCGGAGUGAAUGUGUUUGUGGGUCUCUGUGUUUGACUUUGUUCCCCCCACGUCUUUCUUUUUCUUUUUUCUUUCCCCUCCUUUCCUGAUCGCCUUGUCCUGCAGCAGAGUGACAUAGCAAUAAUGAGUGGUGCUUCUGUUCUAGACGGCUCUAUUGGCUUUGGACCCUCUGGGCUUCUCUGACUUUCAUCCUGUUGGGAGAAUAUUUUGAAAUAAAAGAAAAAGUUGAUGUCA